ACGAACGCCGUCUGGAGGAAAUCAAACGAUAAAAGAGCUCAGUGAUCAGCUUCAGAGAAGGAUCGUGUGUGAAAAUUCACUAACUAACGACGAGAUCUAUGAAGUAAACACGCCGCUAGUUCUGCAGCUGUUAGCGAUUAGCUUCACCGCAGCGCCAAGAAUAAAGGCGGGAAAUCAGAUAUGAUUUCUUAAAGCAAACAUCAUCUCUUUCACUUUGGAUAGAGUAUAUUUCAAACAUGUGAUCAUCUUUACCUCUUCCGCGCUAGGGUCGUCGUCCAUGUUUCGCUGUCCUUGUUGUCGCUCGAAGCCUCGGCGGUUGUCAUGGAAAUGACGCACACGUCACGACGCAGAGACGACGUAAAUCACGCGCGUGCGCUGCUGAAAAGAUGUCUAGUGAAUCCAAUGUCUUUGUGCUUUUUUAUUCCAAUUUCCAAAUAAUAUAUUCGAACAACUACGUUGCCUUUCUUUCCUACUAAACUCCUCUGUCUUUCCUGCUAGUUACCUGACGUUGAUCAGCAAUGUUUUUUUCUUAGACGAUGUGUUUUGUCCAUAGUUUCUCCCUCCACACAGUUCUUCUUUGGAAUAAUGCUGAUAUAACUCUUAGAAAUAAGUCUCUAACUUUUAAUUGUAUUCAUUGUUCUGUUUGUGGUUAAUAGUGUGAGUCGCCCUCUAGUGUCGCGGACGCGCUACAGCAGCAGCACAGAGCGCGCGCGUCACAAUACGAGUUUACACAGACUAAUGCAGUUUACACCCGUUAGAGCCACAGAAGGACGUGUUAUUCAUGAAUGAGUCUCACGCUCUGAUAUUGAACAUUUCGAUCAGUGUGUGUGAUCAGUGUGUUUGAGCGAGAGACAGCAGCAGCAUCAUCAUCAUCAUCAUCAGCGGAGGACAAAGACGCAGAAAUGGGUCACAGCAGCGAAUGAUGAUCUCAGGGUCUCUCUUCUGCUCUGUGCUCCUCAAACAUCACGUCAUGUUCCUCAGCUGUGUUCUUCUGCUGUGUCUCCUGCUGCACGUCUGCGGUGGGACGCUGGACCCCGACAGAGAGAUGUGUUACUCUCGACAGCAUCGGGACGCUGCUGUAAACACACAUGUGUCUCUGGGUCAGAGGGGAACCGUCAUGGAGGCCCGAGCCAUGCCUUCAGAGAAAGACUGCAUCCUCACCUGCUGCUCGGAGGACGUGGCUCCAGGGCUGAAGUGUAAUCUGGUGGUGUAUAAACCGGCGGAGCGGCCCGGAGAUCUCAACUGUGAGCUCUUCCACUGUCCGAGCGAGAGAGACUGUCCUCUGAUGACCGCCGGCCCCGGAGUCAACACCUACAACAUCUUCAAGGGUUUAACUCAUCCAACAACUAAAGGAAGUGAAAGAAUUACAGCCAAACCUGCAGCGCCUCAGCUGACCACACCCAAAACUACACCUAUAACUACAACUACACCCAAGACUACACCUAUAACUACAACUACACCCAAAACUACAACUACACCCAAAACUACACCCAUAACUACAACUACACCCAUAACUACAACUACACCCAAGACUACACCCAAAACUGCACCUAUAACUACAACUACACCCAAGACUACACCCAAAACUACACCUAUAACUACAACUACACCCAAGACUACACCCACUACUUCGAUUACACCCAUAACUACACCCAAGAGUACACCCACGACUACACCAAUAACUACAACUACGCCCACAACUACACCCACAACUACAACUACACCCAAGACUACACCCAUGACUACACCCAUAACUACAACUACGCCCACGACUACACCAAUAACUACACCCAUAGCUACAACUACACCCAAGACUACACCCAUAACUACAACUACACCCACGACUACACCAAUAACUACAACUACACCCACGUCUACACCCAUAACUACAACUACACCCAUGACUACACCCACAACUACACCAAUAACUACAACUACACCCAUAACUACACCCACGACUACACUCAUAACUACAACUACACCCAAGACUACACCCACAACACCUGCGUCUACACCCACAACUACACAGACGACUCCAGCACCACCACCACCAACCAGUACCACAUCCAACAGUGAAGCCACUGAAGCAGCACUGACUGAGUCAGAAUCAGCAGAGAUGCUGGUACCUGUCGCUAUGACGACCGCAUCCACUACCACGGCAACUAGCACCACACAAUCCUCCUCCACUAAAAGCAGCAGCACUAAAGCGCCACGGACCGCCAUCAAAUCCAACCGUCCCAAGAAACCCAGCAAACCCUCGAGACCAGAAACGCAUUCAGUGAAGCCCGUCAGAUACACAACGAUCCCGACGAGCAGCACACCUGCAACUACAACAACUACAACCACCACCACCACCACCACAGAACCUACAACCACCACCACCACCACAGAACCUACAACCACCACCACCACCACCACAGAACCUACAACCACCACCACCACCACAGAACCUACAACCACCACCACUACAACCACAACUACAAGCACAGCAGCCGUGAUCGAGCUGGAGAGCGACCCGAAGCGCCGAGGUUUCUCUCGAGAUCCUCUUCCAGAGAAGCCCAAGGUGUCUCGAGUGAUGUGGAAGAACAGCCUGGUGGCCAUCGUGGUGAUCACACUCAUCUUCCUCACACUCAUCCUCUCUCUGGCGGCCCGUAAAGCCAUGGAGUCCUUCGACAGACGCCACUACACCCGACUGGAGCUCAACGACCUGCACUACGAGGUUUAACACCACCGACACCACAAUCAAAGGAGACAUGUGUUUCCUGGUAACUCACUGGGAGAGAGCUUUGUGUUUUAAUAUUUAGGCUGUGUAGACACUGCACACUGUUGACGCUUCAUCUGUGAAUCGAGACUGAAGGAGAGAAAUCAAAAGCAAUACACUGAACUCAGGUGGAGUGAGAUGGUGAGCAUCACUCCUUCAAGAUGUUUCUUUGGCUCAAGUUUUGUUUUCUCUGGAGAAACACGGGUAAGAACGGCCUCAGCUGAGUUAUAUUACGUGUUUUCUGGAUCCAGAGCACACAUCUCCUUCACUAAUGGAUCGUGAGCUUUAUUUCAGCGAGAUCCUCACAUGUGUUUCACGUUUUCACUGUAACUGAACGAGCGGCGCGGUGUGAAUGUGCUUUUUUGGAUGAUUGUCUGCUUUAAUGAUCACCGAACAACAGCAUGAGAUUGAGAAAUCUGUCCGGUUCAUUCAGUUUGUUUUGAUCUUAUUCUGCUUCAGUAUUUUCUAAUCUGUUAUGAUAUGUUUGUUGUUGGUAUAUUUUUGGUGAGCCUAGGCUUUUACAGACACCUUGAGAUUAAUGUGAUUAUUUCUCUUGCAAGAAAUAAAAAUGAGUCUUUUUCAGUCUUUAAAAGAUUUGUUAUUAUACUCUGAUUUUGAAACGUGUGUGGUUCAAGUGGUUCAUUUUUAUGAGUUAUGCAAAUACACAAGA